AUGGAGAAGGCACUCAGCAUCGCAGAGGUUGUUCGGCACAUAUGCGCCUUCUCAUCCAACGGCACCCUGGCCAAUUUGGCGUGUAGCAGCCAAACGACACACGAACCCGCAACGCAAGUCUUGUGGAGGAACCUUCCCAAUUUCGUCCCACUUGUUCUGUGUCUCCCCCAAGAUGCGUUGGAAAUCGAUAGGCACGGCUACUGUCUGAGGCGGGUAUUGACCCCUGCGGAUUGGACAAGAUUCCAGAAGUACGCCAGUCAUGUGCGACACCUAGGUGCAUCAAAGGAAGACUCCUCUCUGUCUUCUCACCGCAAGACUGUGAAAAUCGGAGAAAACAUCAUUUCGCAACUCGCUGCUUCCCGCCCUACUUUCGUCCUCUUCCCCAACUUGUUGCGUCUCACAGCAUCGACUUGGUUGUCUCCCACUCUUCUCGCCGUCGUCAUCAUGCUUGUCGGUCCACAUCUGAAUCAUCUCCGCAUCGUAGAUUGGAUGGAGGAUGACACGCGCAACCUAUUUGCGUCUUUACAUCUCAUCUCUGGACGGUUUCCCUCUCUGAAGAGACUCACCAUCAAGUGCUUCGAGCUGAAUGGCAAAGCAUUGGGAAUGGCUCUUUUUCUCCCCCCCUCUCAUUUCAAAGUGCACAAGACCAUGGACGACGCUUCUUGGCUGAGGGGGCUGCAACACUUGACACAUCUCAGAUGUCGAGGGCUUUCUCUCGAUGCUCCCGGAUUCCGAAUGCUCCAAGAGCUUCCUAACCUUCGCGCGGUCUCAAUAUGCCUCCCAGAGACCCUUCACUUGGAUGAUUCGCUCCGUCGCACAAAUGCGUUCAUCAACCUCGAAGAAUUCGGCGUUGUCACCACAGUCGCGGCCUAUACUGCGUUCAGUCUCGCCGUCACCCUCCCGAAUGUCACGAAGAUGUCAAUAGAGAUAGUUUGUCAUUCCCAAAUAGCCGACGAUGCUCUCCCCGCCCUCUUUUCCGCAUUACGGUAUCAACUCUCCCCAACCACGCUUCUGGAGCUAUCCGUGCGUCCGAUGGAGCGCAUGCCUCUGGAGUUCCGUGGCGAGGCCAUAACCAAACUCGACCCUCUGCGGCCACUAUUCGAGUUCCACGCCCUCACCCUUCUCACGUUCGCUUUCCCCGCACCAUUCAAGCUCCAGGAAAAGGAUUACGUUGAACUUUUGAGUCUUCUCCCCCCACAUAUCGAGCACUUCCGCUUCGCAUCUGCCGGUAGCGUGCCCGACGGCUACUACCCUUCCAUCCGGAUACUCGAGGCGUUCGGCGCUCACGCCUCGUAUCUGCGCACGCUCGCGUUCCCCGUCAACGGCACUUCAAUAGCUGUUGACCAAGCGCUUCAAGUCUUCCAUGCAGAUCAGCCCCGAUGCCGCGUUCAGUGGCUCGACCUCGACCUCGAGCUCAAGGUCGACGACCGCAAAGAAGAGGACUUGAUGACAUCGGUACUGGCGCUCUGGAUCGCGCAACGGUGCCCCGAUGUGUCCGGCAAGACUUUCAAGAUACGGACGGAGCGCCGACGCUCCAUGGGCGUAAAGAUAGGCACCUACCUGGAUUUUUAUCGCCACAUGCGCGAAGACGAGAGAAGGAUGCUCGCGAGACAAGCUGCAAACUAA